AUGUAUGACAACAUCUCUGAUUUCACAAGAUAUGAUGACGACCAUGAUCCCGAACACGGUGAAGAAGAAGUUUUACAAACAUCCAUUAAGACAGGAAAGGUUUUAACUCAAAGUCUCAUUAUUGACACCAAAGAUGGCGAAGUGGACGUUCUUCAAGAGCCGAAGAAAAAUACUUCUGAAGGAGGUGGUGGUAGGCAUGAACUUGAAAUAAAUGAGAUAGAAGAGAAAUUAGCCGAAAAAGCAGAUAAAAACCACGUUCAUUAUAUAACUUCAGAUGAACAGAUUAUAACGGACUACCAUGGAUAUUUAACACGAAGUGAUGAAGCGAAGACAAAAAAUGUUAAUGAAAGAAGAUAUAAAUACAUUCGUGCUAAAGGUUAUGACAUAAGCUGUACUGUACAGUAUGAUGUAGCUAAAGCACCAGAAGCAUUUGGUUAUACCGGUGAAAUUUAUGCCUCUACUUUCAAUGUUAACGGUGUAUUAGUUGAACCAAGAUUUACUUUGAGAGUUAAGUCAAAAAUAACGUUUGAAGAUGCUAUUAAAAGUAAAGCUGACAAAGUUGAACUUGACGCAACGAACAAAGUUUUGAAAUCUCAUAAACACAAUAUCUCCGAUAUAAAUGAACUUCAAACUUCUUUAGACAGUAAAGCCGACAAGAACCAUACACAUAAAUCCUUCACUACUGUUAGAGCAGACGACAUAAUAUUGAACUUUGACCUUGGUUCAAGUGCACCAUUAGAAAAUCCAAGUACAAGCGUAAAAGAUACUCUUAACAAUUUAGAUAAGAGUUGCAGGAAUAUCGAAGAUCAUGCCAGAAACUUUGAAGCAUAUGAACUACCAACAAUGUUAGAUAAGAAAGCCGACAAGAACCAUACACAUAAAUCCUUCACUACUGUUAGAGCAGACGACAUAAUAUUGAACUUUGACCUUGGUUC